AUGUCUGUUCUACUUAGUUCACCGGAUCCCUCGGGGCCUGAGCUUCGAGAGAAACACCUCGAAACUACAUCGCAAGACGCCAAAGAUGAUUCCCCUCCAAAGCUGGCCACUUCUAAACCAGCUUUCCAUUUAACCGCCCCCAAUGGCUGGAUGAACGAUCCCUGUGGAUUAGGCUAUGAUCCCGCUACGAGUCUCUACCACAUCUUCUUCCAAUGGAACCCUCACGGCAAUGAUUGGGGCAACAUGUCCUGGGGCCAUGCUACUUCUACCAACCUGGUUUCGUGGAAAGUAUCGCCUACGCCGGCCCUAACCCCGUCGACGGAGUAUGAUCGCUGCGGUAUUUUUACAGGCUGUUUGCAGGCUACAGAUAUCCAUGGGAAUCCCGGCUCAUUGACGGCUAUGUACACGUCUGUCCGACAUCUGCCACUCCAUUAUACACUGCCGUAUAUCGCAGGCUGCGAGUCUCUCAGUUUGGCUGUUUCUAAGAAUGGUGGACAGACAUGGGAGCGUCUGAAUUGUAAUCCAGUGCUCACGGGGCCUCCAGAACACCUAUCAGUGACAGGCUGGAGAGAUCCCCAUCUUACGACCUGGCCGGAAGAGCAGCAGACUAGCUGUGGGAAUCACCACCACCCAUUUCACGGCAUUGUAUCUGGUGGUAUCGUCGGUAAAACACCCGCUAUAUUUGUGUAUACCGUCAUUUCAACGGAUCUCCGAUCAUGGAAAUACACUGGCCUCCUCGUCGACGUCGGUCUAAACUUCCACCCAUCACGCUGGUCCGGAGACUUUGGCGUGAACUGGGAAGUCGGCAAUCUAAUGACUCUAUCCAAUGACACGGGCGACUCUCGAGAUUUCGCAAUCAUGGGCGCAGAAGGAUGUCUCCGCACCGAAGACUCGCUCUGGAGAACACCCGGUUCAGCACAUUAUAAACGACAAGCCCGGUCUCAGCUGUGGAUGUGCGUGAAGACACGAAAGACACCUAAUGGAAACGACGAUGAUAUCCUCGCCGAUUAUGCAUUCGGUGGAUACUUUGACCACGGAUGCUUAUACGCCGCCAAUUCCUUCUGGGACCCUCUUACGUCCCAGCGCAUCGUGUAUGGCUGGAUCACGGAGGAGGAUCUACCAGACGGACCUCGUCAUCGCCAGGGAUGGAGUGGGAUGAUUUCGAUUCCGAGGGUGGUAGAGCUGAUGACGUUGAGACAUGUUACGACAGCGCGUAGCUCGCAGCUGAACACUAUUACUUCCAUCGAGGCUAUUGCGAAUACAUCCGAACCACGGACGUACACGAUUCAUACGAUGGGAAUUAAGCCUGAUCCUCGACUUUCAAUUCUUCGAGAUGGAGCUGAAAGGAGACAAUUCCCAUCGUCACAUUUACCUAUUGCUCUACGGAAUAGCUCCAAUGAGACUCUGUCUUUGAAUACAUCCCGCUGGGAACUCGAGGCCGACUUCUCAGUCAGACCAUCAUGCGAACGAGUCGGUAUUCAAAUCGCACACACCCCCAAUUUCAACCAAACAACAACCCUCUGCUACACACCAACCACAGAAACAUUCACAAUCCACCGUCCCCAAUCACCAACAGAAACUACAAUAAACCACGGCUACGAAUCCGCACCACACACUCUCUUCACAUUCCUCAAUGAAUCAGGCAUCGAAAUCGAAGAAACACUCCAAAUCCACGCAUUCUUCGACAAGUCCGUGCUGGAAGUAUUCGUGAAUGGACGGACUGUUAUCUCAACACGUGUGUAUUACCCGUUAGAACGGUGUUUCGGGGUGCGGUUUUUCGCGGAGGAAAUAGAUACAGAGAGAGUGACUGAGACGAAGAAGAGUUGUGUUGGAGGUUGUGAGGAGGGAGCUGCUUUGCUUGUUCGGGCUGAGGUUUGGGAUGGACUUGGUGAUGGACCAGUGAUAGGUUGA